AUGGACAGACGAUAUCCCACUUCAAGUCUCUUAUUAUCUGAUCAUAAUGAUUUAGAAUCUUGUUAUUACGAGUUUGUAUCUGAUCAUAAUGAUUUAGUGUCUCGUUAUUACGAGUUUGUAUCUGAUCGAAAUGAUUUAGAAUCUCGUUAUUACCAGUUUGUAUCUGAUCACAAUGAUUUAGUAUCUCGUUAUUACGAGUUUGUAUCUGAUCAUAAUGAUUUAGAAUCACAUUAUUACGUGUUAUUUGUAUCUUGUUAUAAAGAUUUCGAAGCUCGUUAUUACGAGUUACUAUCUGAUCAUAAUGAUUUAGAAUCUCGUUACUACGAGUUUGUAUCUGAUCAUAAUGAUUUAGUAGUUUGUUAUUACGAGUUUGUAUCUGGUUAUAAUGAUUUAGAAUCUCGUUAUUACGAGUUAGUAUCUGAUCAUAAUGAUUUGGAAUCUUGUUCUUACGAGUUUGUAUCUGAUCAUAGUGAUUUAGUAUCGCAUUAUUACAAGUUAGUAUCUGAUCAUAAUGAUUUAGAAUCUCGUUAUCACGAGUUAGUAUCUGAUCAUAAUGAUUUAGAAUCUUGUUAUUACGAGUUUGUAUCUGGUUAUAAUGAUUUCGAAUCUCGUUAUUGCGAGUUAGUAUCUGAUCAUAAUGAUUUAGAAUCUUAUUACGAGUUUGUAUCUGAUCAUAAUGGUUUAAUAUCGCACUAUUACAAGUUAGUAUCUGAUCAUGAUUUAGAAUCUCGUUAUUACGAGUUAGUAUCUGAUCAUAAUUCUUUAGUAUCUUGUUAUUACGAGUUAGUAUCUGAUCUUAAUGAUUUAGUAUCUCCUUAUUACGAGUUUGUAUCUGAUCUUAAUGAUAUAGUAUCUUGUUAUUACGAGUUAGUAUCUGAUCUUAAUGAUUUAGUAACUCGUUAUUAUCUUAUCUUAAUGAUUUAA